AUAGUUCACGCCAUGGCCGUGGCCGGUUCUCUGCCUCAGUCUUGUUUCUAGUUCCGAAGCCCAUCACAUGCUUCCAAGUUUGUAACUUGUAAGAACCCCAUACUUUUGAGCUCUGCAGAGACUCCGCAAACAUGGCCACCACGACCGCCACUCUCCUCUCUCCCUUGCCUUCUUCGCUCUCACCCUCCCUCGACGAUGCACGAACCCGCGACCUAGGUUGUCCCCCGGCACUCCCGAAGUCCUCUUUCCUUCACGGCACGAAGCUAUUCGCUGCUCGCUCACCUACAACAAUCGCUGUUCGUAGAUGUCGUUUCAAGCCUCCUUCAGCUAAAUCGUUCGAUCACAUCCCCAAGCAGUUCCGGGGUGAAAAUCUUAAAGAUGGGUUGAUGGACAAUUUUAAGAAUGUUCCCCAAUAUUUUUAUGGGCUCACUCCUUCACAGAUGGAUAUGUUCAUGACAGAAGAUAAUCCCAUACGACGACAGUCAGAACAAGUCACAGAGGAAAGCAUUUCGUCUGCAAGGAACUAUUUGGAUCAUGGAGGCAUGUGGAGUCUAUCAGACAUGAACAAAAGUGAUCCUUCAAGAUAUAGCAUGAGUAUAAGCAUGUAUCGUGGAGGGGGUAGAGGAUAUGGAAGACCUAGAACAUCUCCUCCUGAUCUGCCUUCACUGUUGUUAGACGCUCGGAUUUGCUAUCUGGGCAUGCCAAUUGUACCGGCAGUAACCGAACUUGUAGUUGCUCAAUUUUUGUGGCUUGACUACGAUAAUCCAUCAAAGCCUAUAUAUCUAUACAUAAAUUCACCUGGGACACAGGAUGAGAAAAUGGAGACAGUCGGAGCUGAGACUGAGGCAUAUGCAAUUGCUGACAUUAUGGCUUACUGCAAAUCAGAUGUAUAUACAGUGAACUGUGGGAUGGCUUAUGGACAAGCAGCAAUGCUUCUAUCACUUGGAACCAAGGGACACCGGGCUCUGCAGCCAAAUUCCUCUACAAAAUUGUAUCUGCCUAAAGUCAACAGAUCGAGCGGGUCAGUCAUAGAUAUGUGGAUUAAGGCCAAAGAAUUAGAUGCGAACACCGACUAUUACAUUGAGCUUGUAGCAAAAGGAACUGGGAAACCAAAGGAGGAAAUUGCUAAAGACAUCCAGCGCCCCAAAUACUUCAGAGCGCAAGAAGCCAUUGACUAUGGUCUUGCAGACAAGAUUAUUGAUUCAAGGGAUGUUGCAUUCGAGAAACGGGAUUAUGAGGAGAUGCUUGCCCAAUCGAAAGCCAUGAGCAGAGGCAGAGGAGAAGGAGCUAUUCCCCAAGCAGCUCCUUCUGGAUCUUGGUGAUUUCUAAGGGUGUUGUAUUAUAAUGUAUAUGUUCGGAUCAAGGAAAAUAGACCCAGCCGUGUUCCAUGUAUUAUAUCACAACAGAGGUGUUUGCCUUUGGGGUUUGGUUGAAAUUGGAAUUAUAAUGCAAGUAGGUUUAAUUUACUGAGCAA